GGAUCCCACUGCCUUGUGGGAUAGUGGAGGGUUCCUCUGUCCCCGGCAGGUUUUCCGGAUUCCGCCCCCCGCCUCCCUCGUCAACUACGGAAGCUGACAGGGUCCGCGGGCAGCGAUGGCGGCACAUCUUAAGAAGCGGGUGUACGAGGAGUUCACUAAGGUGGUUCAGCAACAGGAGGAAAUUACUACUAAGAAACUCCGACUAACAAAACCAAGUAAAUCUGCAGCACUCCACAUAGAUCUAUGUAAAGCUACCUCUCCGACAGAUGCUUUGCAGUAUCUACUUCAGUUUGCCAGGAAGCCUGUUGAGGCAGAAAGUGUGGAAGGAGUAGUCAGGAUUCUCUUGGAACAUUAUUAUAAGGAGAAUGAUCCAUCUGUGAGACUGAAAAUUGCUUCAUUACUGGGGUUAUUGUCAAAGACUGCAGGAUUUUCUCCAGACUGUAUUAUGGAUGAUGCCAUUAACAUCCUGCAGAAUGAAAAGUCUCAUCAAGUCCUAGCUCAACUGUUGGACACUUUGCUUGCAAUUGGCACUAAACUCUCAGAGAAUCAAGCUAUCCAGAUGCGAUUAGUUGAUGUAGCCUGCAAGCACCUGACAGAUACUUCCCAUGGUGUAAGAAAUAAGUGCCUGCAAUUACUUGGCAAUCUCGGCUCUUUGGAGAAAAGUGUCACAAAGGAUGCAGAGGGCCUAGCUAUCAGAGAUGUCCAGAAGAUUAUAGGGGAUUACUUCAGUGACCAAGACCCGCGUGUCAGAACAGCAGCUAUAAAAGCCAUGUUGCAGCUUCAUGAAAGAGGACUGAAAUUACACCAAACAAUUUAUAAUCAGGCCUGUAAAUUGCUCUCUGACGACUAUGAACAAGUGCGCAGUGCUGCAGUCCAGCUUAUCUGGGUUGUCAGUCAGCUCUAUCCUGAAAGCAUUGUCCCAAUCCCAUCUUCUAAUGAAGAAAUUCGCUUAGUUGAUGAUGCUUUUGGGAAAAUUUGUCACAUGGUCAGUGAUGGAUCCUGGGUGGUUCGAGUUCAAGCUGCAAAGCUAUUGGGCUCUAUGGAGCAAGUCAGUUCUCAUUUCUUGGAGCAGACGCUUGACAAGAAGCUGAUGUCAGAUCUAAGGAGGAAACGCACUGCACACGAGCGUGCCAAGGAACUUUAUAGCUCAGGGGAGUUUUCCAGCGGCAGGAAGUGGGGAGAUGAUGCUCCCAAGGAAGAAGUAGAUACAGGGGCUGUGAACUUGAUCCAGUCAGGAGCUUGUGGAGCUUUUGUCCAUGGCUCUUAAUUUGAUACGCAGUUGUAUUUGUCUCUUUGUCUAGAGGUCCGCAUUGCUGCUGUGGAGGCUCUCUGCAUGCUGGCUCAGUCUUCAUCCUCUUUUGCUGAGAAGUGCCUUGAUUUCCUGGUUGACAUGUUUAAUGAUGAAAUUGAGGAAGUUCGUCUACAGUCCAUACAUACCAUGAGAAAAAUCUCCAACAAUAUCACCCUCCGAGAGGAUCAGCUAGACACUAUCCUGGGUGUAUUAGAGGAUUCAUCCAGGGAUAUUAGGGAGGCUCUUCAUGAACUCUUAUGCUGUGCUAAUGUUUCAACCAAAGAAGGGAUUCAUCUUGCACUGGUGGAGCUGCUGAAAAAUUUAACCAAGUACCCUACUGAUAGGGAUUCCAUAUGGAAAUGCCUGAAGUUUCUGGGAAGUCGACAUCCAACCCUGGUGCUUCCCUUGGUUCCAGAGCUCCUGAGCACCCACCCGUUUUUUGACACAGCUGAACCAGACAUGGAUGAUCCAGCAUACAUUGCAGUUUUGGUUCUUAUCUUCAAUGCUGCUAAAAGCUGCCCAACAAUGCCAGCAUUGUUCUCGGACCAUACCUUCAGGCACUAUGCCUACCUCCGGGACAGUCUUUCUCAUCUUGUUCCUGCCUUGAGGUUAUCAGGUAGAAAACUUGUGUCAUCAGCUGUUUCCCCCAAUAUCACGCCUCAUGAGGAUCCUUCCCAUCAGUUCCUGCAGCAGAGCCUUGAAAGAGUGUACAGUCUUCAGCACCUGGACCCUCAGGGAACCCAGGAGCUGCUAGAGUUCACCAUCAGGGAUCUGCAAAGACUUGGAGAACUUCAGUCUGAAUUGGCAGGAGUAGCUGACUUCUCGGCUGCCUAUCUUCGGUGUCAACUUCUUCUCAUCAAGGCCUUACAGGAAAAGCUGUGGAAUGUGGCCGCCCCUUUGUAUUUGAAGCAGAGCGAUUUGGCCUCAGCAGCAGCAAAACAGAUCAUGGAAGAGACCUACAAAAUGGAGUUCAUGUACAGUGGUGUGGAGAAUAAGCAGGUGGUGAUUAUACAUCAUAUGAGGCUGCAGGCCAAAGCCUUGCAACUUAUAGUAACGGCACGAACUACUCGAGGAGUUGACCUCCUAUUUGGGAUGUGUGAAAAGUUUUUACAGGAAGUGGAUUUUUUUCAGAGGUGUUUCAUCGCUGAUUUGCCCCACUUGCAAGACAGCUUUGUGGACAAACUUCUUGACCUUAUGCCCCGACUCAUAACAUCCAAACCUGCAGAAGUGGUCAAAAUUCUACAGACCAUGCUGCGGCAGAGUACCUUCCUGCACCUCCCGCUUCCAGAGCAGAUUCACAAAGCCUCAGCCACCAUUAUUGAGCCAGCAGGCGAGUCAGACAACCCUUUGCGGUUUACAUCUGGGUUAGUGGUGGCUCUGGAUGUUGAUGCAACUCUGGAACAUGUGCAGGAUCCUCAGAGCACUGUGAAGGUCCAGGUCUUAUAUCCAGAUGGCCAGGCUCAGAUGAUCCACCCCAAGCCUGCAGACUUCCGGAAUCCUGGCCCCGGGCGGCACCGGCUCAUCACUCAGGUGUAUCUCUCCCACACUGCCUGGACAGAACCAUGCCAGGUGGAAGUGAGGCUGCUGCUGGCCUACAACUCCAACUCGCGCAUUCCAAAAUCCCCCUGGAUGGAGGGGGGCGAGAUACCGGCCCAGGCGGAAACCAGCAUUGAGGGCACCAUCCCCUUCAGCAAGUCUGUAAAAGUUUACAUAAUGCCCAAGCCCACAAGGCGCUGAGUCACGAGCAGUCUUUAUAGCCUUGAAGGCCCUUCUUCGGGAUCAGAGAGCCAGAGCCAGAGGACUUCACCUGGAAAUGGCGUAUUGGCAUAAGGAGAAACAAGUGACCCUUAGAGUCUCACCUGGUAUCAGACACAGAUAAAUUAUUUUGCAUUAAGAAAACAAAAACCUUCCUACUCACCCCCAUCCCUCCCUAUAAUAAAGUUGAGAAACCACCCAACUGGACCUUAAAGAAAUUUGUGUGGUUUAGGUUCAACAUUUUCUCCAUAUGCUUCUAUUCCUCGGGUGUGAAACAAAGAUCCAAUUUUCUAGCCACCUCCAAAGAACCAGUUAUGAGUCAUAAUCUUUUUUCUUAAAGCAAUAGUCUGAGGGGCCAACUCCAGAGCAGCUUCCACAGCUGUACUUUUUCACCAUAGACAGUUCCUGAAUGGCCUUCGACAUCAUUAUCUGCCUGAGAGGCUCCUUCCAUAACUCAGGCAAUAGCUGGGCCAAGGACUGAGUGAACAGCUGAACAAUGAAUCAUUUCCAUCCUUGAAGGGGAUUCUUGAUCUUGUCUGCCAUUAUCCUUAGACCCAAAAUAAAAUAAAAGGACUGUAUUUUAGAAGAGAAAGGGGAUCAUGGGAAAGCAGGAUCCAGCAUAAGAAAUAAAGCCACUUCCCAGUACA